UCAUCACCACCUCCCUCUCCUCCCAUGCGCAGCCCUACCCCACCGCAUUGAGGGGUGGUUGAGUUAACUUCCCGACUUGUAUACACACACAGACACACGCACGCGCGGACACACCGAGAUGCAUAAAUACGGCUGAGACCCCCUCGUGAACGCCAUCAGUCACUCGAGCUGUGACCGCUGCGCACACGCGCGCACCUGAGACGCACGUGGCCCAGUAACCUUUUUUUUCCAAUCCGUCUACCCGCCUAAGCUAUACCUAAGCGCUUACCUACCCACUCGCCUACAACUCUCGCCGCCUGCGUAACCCGUGGAGAGACGCGAGGGGAGAGGGCAACAGCGCUAAGAUGUGCGCACUGUCGGUGUCGCUCAACUCUCGAUUCGGCGCAGCCAUGCAGGGCGCUCACUCCGCCAGUCCUCCUCAACCCAGACUCGGGGCCGUGUACCCGUGGGGCGAGCAGACCGCUCCAGUAUCUCAUCAGCAUGACCACCACCACCAUCAACAUCAGCAUCAUCACCAUCAGCAGCAGAAUCAUAUUCAUCAGCAGCAGCAGCACCAACAGCAGCAGCAGCCGUGCGGGAAACUGAAGAGUGAGUCGAGAAUACGCAGACCCAUGAACGCUUUCAUGGUCUGGGCUAAAGACGAAAGGAAGAGGCUCGCUCAGCAGAACCCGGACCUUCACAACGCCGAGCUGAGCAAGAUGCUUGGAAGGUCGUGGCGCUCCCUGAGCGCGGAUGAGAAGCGCCCGUUUGUGGACGAGGCGGAGCGGCUGAGAAUCCAGCACAUGCAGGAACACCCCAACUACAAAUACCGCCCCCGGCGCAAGAAGCAGGCCAAGAGGCUGGCGGCCAAGCGCCUGGAGGGCGGAGAAGUCCUCCAGGGAGAACCUGCCCUCGGCAAGAGAGUCGGACUCAUCGGAGCGGGAGGAGCGGGAGCCGGAAGCGUUGGCGCCCUGUCUCCACCUCUGCCAUCGAUGAGCCAAUUCAGAGAGCAUCAACAACAGCAGCAUCAGCAGCAUCAGCAGCAGCAGCAUCAACAACAGCAGCAGCAGCAUCACCCGCAUCAGUUUGCCAUGGCCGAGAGCUAUGGUUUGCCCACGCCCGAGAUGUCACCCCUGGACGUGGUGGAGAACGAGCCGGCCUUCUUCCCCCCGGACGACGGAGGUCUUCUGAUGCAGGGCUACGGAGACUGCGGGGCGCAGUCGUCCUCUGCUGCUCAUCAUCAUCAUCUUCCUCCACCUGCUCCUCAUCAUCAUCAUCAACCGGGUGGGCUGAAUGCACUAAUGCACCCUUCACCCCUGAGUUCCAACAUCUAUUUCAGUGAAUACAACUUUGAUCAUCAGCAGCAGCAUCAUCAUCAUCAGCAGCAGCAGCAAAGCCAGCAGCAGCAGCACCAUCAUCAUCACCAGCAGCAGCAGCACCUUCAUCAUCACCAUCAGCAGCAACAACAGCAUCACGUCUAUCCAGGAUCGCCCGUCAGCAUGGGACAGCUGUCUCCACCGCCGGAGCCCAUCCCGACCGCCCUGCCCGACUCCCUGGAGCACCUGAGCCACAGCGACCUCCUGGAGGACGUGGACAGAGACGAGUUCGAUCAGUACCUGGACAGCGCCGCGGCCUCCGUGCCGGCCGCCUCGUUCGGCCACUGCGUGGGCGCGAUGUCGACGACGUCGCAGCUCUCGUCGUCGUCGUCGUCGUCAUCGUCGUCAGCGUCCUCCUCCUCCUCCUCCGUCGGCGGUGACUCCAACCUCAUCUCCAUCUUCGCGGACGCCACCGCACUUUACUACAGCUCGCUGAGCUUCCACUAAUGGGGGGUGGAGAGGGCAGAGGGCGAGGCUGGGGCUUGGAGGCAAUGGGGAGGACUCCGUCGGGAAGAUUCACUGCACCGUCGCGAACUGCCAAAUCAGCGUCACCGUCCUCGCUCUCAUGGACAAGAAACAUCCAAAUCGUAAUGAAGAUACUGGCCAGAGAGAGAGAGAUUUACAUACACUGCGUAUGCAAUUACACGCGUGCACACAAGACAAAGAUCCCCCGUAUAGUGCUGUUAGCGAGCACUUAUGAAGGCCGGCAUGGCACA